AUGGACACUCGGACUCCGGUCAUGUUGGCGCUGGUGUUGAUGGCCCUGCUGGUUUGUGAGGGCUCGGAGGGCAGGAGGGUGCGUGGUGGCCGGGCUCAGACUCGCUCCUCACAGCGGGACCGGACUGAGAACGCCGAGAGCUUUCCGCUGGACUUCACCGCGGUGCAGGACGGUAAUGUGGACACGUUCAUGGAGCAGGUGAAGAACCUCGCUCAGUCUCUCUACCCGUGUUCAGCUCACAAACUGGAGCAUGAGAUGAAGCUACACUUUCUGGAGAACUCCACAGUCACCUGCAACGAUGGAACACCCGCCGGGUACUACAUUAAGGAGUCACGAGGAAGCAGAAGAUGGUUGCUGUUCUUGGAAGGUGGAUGGUACUGCUUCAACAAACACAACUGUGACAGCAGGUACGACACCAUGAGGAGGUUCAUGAGCUCCACCAGGUGGCCUCAGACCCGCACAGGUACGGGGAUCCUUUCCCCCCAGCCAGAGGAAAACCCACAUUGGUGGAACGCAAACAUGGUAUUCAUCCCUUACUGCUCCAGUGAUGUGUGGACUGGAACCUCACCAAAGACGGACAAAAAUGGAUAUGCAUUCAUGGGCUCUCUGAUCAUUCAGGAGGUGGUGAAGGAUCUCCUGACAAAAGGGCUGGAUAGUGCAAAAGUGCUUCUGCUAGCAGGAAGCAGUGCUGGAGGUGCAGGUGUUUUGCUGAAUGUGGACCGUGUAGCUGAGUUGCUGAAGGGUCUGGGUCACGGUUCGAUUCAGGUGCGAGGCCUGGCCGAUUCUGGCUGGUUUCUGGAUAAUAAGCAAUUCCGUACCACAGAAUGCAUCGACACCAUCAGCUGUGCACCCACAGAGGCCAUCAAACAGGGCUUCAGGUUUUGGGGCAGCGCGGUACCGGAGCGCUGCAGACUGGCUCAUAUCGGAGAGGAGUGGAACUGCUUUUUUGGUUAUAAGAUCUACCCAACACUGAGAAGUCCAGUGUUUGUUGUGCAGUGGUUGUUUGAUGAGGCUCAGCUCACUGUUGAUAACAUUCAUCUAACUGGUCAGCCGGUGCAGGAGAGCCAAUGGCGUUACAUCCAGAACCUGGGCAUUGAUCUCAGGAACACCCUCAGAAACCUCUCGGCCAUGUUUGCACCUGCAUGUUUAUCCCAUGAGAUUAUCACAAGAAACUACUGGAUGGACGUGCAGGUGAAGGGAACUUCUUUACCUCGUGCUUUACACUGCUGGGAUCGCAGUCUGCAGCACAGCCUCCGGAACAACAGCAGCCAGCGCGCUCCGCCCCGCGCCUGUCCCAUGCACUUGAUGGAUAGCUGCCCCUGGCCUCACUGCAACCCGACGUGCCCCACCAUCCGAGAUCAGCUGACCGGCCAGGAGAUGAGCGUCAUUCAGUUCCUCACUCACAUGGGCUUCGAUGUGCAGCGCAUGGCGCAACAACAAGGCAUGGAGGCCAGCACACUACUGGGCAUGCUCAAUAGUGGCACCUGAAGCGUUUUUGAAGGAGAAUCAGGACCGUCCCAGUACAAACUUCUAUAUAAUGAGUAUACGAGCAGUAUGAACUGAAGAAUAG